AUGUUUCUGGAUUCGAAGGAGGCAUGGUUCGCGUGUGUUAACAAUGGCGACGUAGAGGCAGUUAGGUAUAACCUUCCCACCUACCAGAAGUCCGUUGACCGUCAAGGGGAAACUGCACUCAUGCACGCCGUCCGGAACCGUGACAUUGAAAUGGUUCGUCUUUUAGGCUGCUUUGAGCACUCUCUAGUUAACAACGAUGGCUAUACUGCCCUUAUGCUUGCUGCUGUCUGCAAUGAGGGGGAGGCCUGCAAACGCCUUGUUCCCUAUGAAAUGAAUCUUGUUCUACCAGACGGGCGCACGCCGUUGAUGCUUGCUGCAGCUGCUGGCGCAGUCGACUCGACGAUAAACCUUCUACCUUAUCAGAAAUGUCGCACUGAUCUAAUGGGCAGGACGGCGCUAAUGUAUGCAGCAGAAGCAGGACAAUUUGAGGCAGCACAGCAUCUUGUGUUGAGAGAGAAGGAGCACAUCUCUAAGGAUGCCAAGACAGCCCUUAUUUUAGCAGCUCAGAAUAAGCACUGGGAUGUUGCACGCAUCCUCUACCCUCUAGAGUCUCACCUACUACCAGAAGUAGUAUCAGAUCUCAUUCCCGACCCCGCAAAGCUGAGUAAGGAUGACCCAACUGUCAGCUCUUUUGGUUUAUCCAGUUCUAUUGUAGAUAUAGUGAAAGAUUUCCCGGGUCGCAAUGUGGACCUGUCUAUGCUUAGCCGAUCCCAAAUAGAAGGCGAUCUUGAGAGAAAGAUAACUGAGAUGGAACGCAAGAUUGCCUCUUUGAACGAUGAGUCUUCAAUAAUAAUCGUCCAGAAUCAGGCACUUCAAAAUCAAGUCAAUCAGAUGAAUCAGGAGAUUAUUAGAUUGCAGGCUCAGUUAGAUGAGUCUCGUCAGGACAAUACCAAGAAGGCUGCAAUGAUCAGUGAGCUCAGGGCAGGCAUCAAUGACGCAACAAGCCAUCCGCAUGGAGCGGCAGUUAAUGCAUUUAAGCAAGAGAUCAACCGGCUCCACAAAGACGCUGAUGGGAUGGCUCAGUUAAUCCAUCAGCUCAAGGAUGAUGCAGUAGAGAAGAACAUUCUCUUGGCGAAACUCAGGGACACCGGAUCUGCCAAGGACCGUGAAAUCGACACCUUGCGCAGUGACAUAUUAGGCCUAGAGCAGAAGCUAGACAACGCCAAUCAAACCAUUCGCCGUUUGAGAGCCGAGCUAGUAGAUACUAGCAUGUCUUCAGAGCAAUCUAAGGCGGCUCUUUCAGCAAGCGCUACUCAGCGUGAUUUGGCAGGAAAGGAAGUUGCAAAACUCAAGGACGAAAAUGUCGCACUCCGACACACGUUGAAGAAGAUGUCAGCUAACAUAGAAAACAAGGACAAUGAAAUCUUCGAUCUUCGGCAGCAAUUAUUGAGUAGAAGCCACGAUAAAUCUGAUAGUGAUUCAGAUGGCGAGACAAUAAAAGUUAUGGAGGCACAGCUCAAUGAGUUGAAGAAUGAGGUCGACCGUCUGCAAUCUGCACUGUUUUCUAAGGAGGAUGACAUUCAGCUACGCAACCAGAAGAUCAAGGAACUGGCAGAUGAAAUUUUACGCUUAAAUAAAUCUGGUUCUAAGAUACAGGAGAGCAACCUUGCCACCAUCGACCAGUUGCAGUCGGAAAUAACGGGACUUCUUGGAGAAAUUCAGCAUCUAAAAGCACAGCUUACUGAGAAGAACAAACAAAUAGAUGACAUGAACAACUUAUUGGUGACUUAUAAGGAGGCGGCACCUAACGAAGCAAAUAAAUCUGCAGCUCUUGAGCUCCAACAUCUCAAGCUGGUCAUUGACAAUCUUACUGCUGAGCUACGUGAAAAAGACCGCCACAUCCUUGAUCUCGAAAAGACAUCUGCGCCACAACCCAUACCGCCACAAUUUGCUGAUUUAGUAGCAAAGAAUGAAGCUUUGCUUAAGUCUCUCCAAGACGUUAAAGAGCAGAAUAACGCGCUUAUCAAGGAACAGAAUUCGCUAGAGGCCUUGCUUAAGCAGAAGGAUGAACGAAUUCAUCCUCUGGAGCGACAACUUGAGACAGCAAUGAGUACAUGCGCAGCUUCCCAAAAUAAGCUUCUAGAUAAGGAGGCCGAGCUAGUUGAUAUUAGACGCGCUUACGAUAAGCUUUCAGUUGAGAACUCUUCCAACGAACAAAAGGUUAAAGAUCUAUCCGAUAAAUUAGGAGUUCUUCGAAAGGAAAAGGCAGAUGCCGAUGCCACUUAUACUGCCUCCAAAAGGAAGACCAACAAUGAGCUGCUGGACUUGCGAGCCCGGCUUGAACACGCACAGAAAGAGAUAGAGGUCUUGACAGAACUCUCCACGAAGGAACCAACAUAUCAAGUAGUGAAGCAGUACUUAGCUAACACAGUAGCGUCUCUUGAUGCUUGCAGAGACGCGCUUGCAGACCCAGAGAUGGCUCGCAAAGAGAAUCAGAACCUAAUGCGCAGGCACCAAAAAGAUCUCGAGCAGUUGAGUGAUCGUGUAGAGCAGAUGUCCGCGAUUCUACGAGCACCAGUCGAUCAAUCCCAAACCGUCGCAAUGCUUUUGGAUGAAAUUAGUCAACUCAAGUCCAAAUUGAGCAACUUACAAGCAGUGCAAGAAGAAAAAAUACGUGGAUCACAGGAUUCGCUUCUUCAUGCACCAAGUGUCGUGGAUUCGCAAUACGCAUCUCUUGAGUCGCCAGACAAUGCUGACAAGAUAACGGAGCUCUAUGAUCGCAUUAGGGCACUAACGGAUGAACUUCAUCUUGCACUUGAUUCUCUCAAUACAAAGGAAGCAGAACUAAAACAAUUGAAAGAUGAAUUAUCUCAGAAAGAUGCUAUCAUAGAUAAUCUUCAUCUUGCAGAUAAAGCUACUAUCGAACUGAACAAGCAGAUCUCCAUGCUCAAACUGGAUCGAGAAAGUUUACAAGAAAAGAUCUGUGAAUUGGAAGAUGUUAGGGACAAGUUAUCUGCCCUUCUGAACAGCGCAGACGAUGAGAGGCUUCAGUUGCGGCGCGAACUUGACGAUCUUCGGGUUCAGUUGACUGACAAUAAGCGAGACGAUCCUGAAGUAAUUUCAGGGCUCCAGUCACAGUUAUCAUCUCUAUUAUCAGAGCGAGAUAAGCUCAACAAGGAUAUUGUGGCUCUUGUGGGCAAGUCAAAUACGUUGGAACGUGAGCUUGAGCAUGCCAACAAUUUGAUUCGCCAUCUCGAGGACGAAAGCGCCGCCCUUACAGACAAGCUCGAGGCCCGCGAGAAGGCGCUUGCAGAGGCGAUCGACGGGAUUGCCGACCACGGCGACGCCGCGCAGCAGCUUCAGCAGGAGCUUGCAGCCCUCCGCCGCGACGCAGCCGAGAACGCAGCGGCGCUCCGUGAAGCGCGCGAGCAGGCCGCCGCCCACCAGGAAGACGCCCAGCUCAAGGCGGCCCAGCUCGAGGAUCUCUCCGAGGAGCUGGCGCGCCUCCGCGAGCAGGCGGCCGAAGAUGCCGUGCGUGCUCGCGACGCAGAGGCGCUUGCAGAGCGCGCUGCAGAGCUGGAGGCUCAGGCCAAGGCCGCCGAAGAAAGGCUUGCCGACGCCCGCGCCAAAAUCGCCGAGCUCGAGGCACACGCAGCAGCAGGCACAGAGGCCCUCGCCGAUGCCGCCGAGAAGUUCCGCGCCAAGGCACAGCAGGCGCAGGGCGGCGACGAGGCCAUCCGCCGCCUUGAGGCCGACGUGCGUGCUGCAGAGGCCGAGCGCGAUGAGGCCCGUGCGGCCCUCGAUAAGGCCCUCGACGAGGCCGCAGCUCUGGAGGCCGAGCACAAGAAUCUGGAGGCCGAGCGAGAUGCCCUCGCGGCUCAGCUGGCGGAGGCCCAGGACGCCCUGCAGACCGCCCGCGCCCAGCUCGCCGCCGCUGAGGACAGGGUCUCUGCCCUGACCGAAAACCUCGGAGCCAUGAACGACGCCAAGGCCCAGGUCCACUAUUUAGAAGAAGCAGCCAGAGAUAAAGACACUUUAGCACAGCGUCAGGCAGACGAAAUCGCUGAGCUUCGUCGCGAGCUCCAGGAAGCACACGACAAGAUUGAUGCACUUUCUCAUCUCGAGCAGCAGGCUUCCGAUUCGAAGGAGCGCACCCAAAUGCUCGAAGAUUAUUUGUCAGAGCUCAAGAGCAAGCAGAUAGAUGCAGGGAUGCAGGAAAUGGAGCUUGGAACUCUUAGGAAGGAGCUGGAGCAAAAGCAGGGCGAGCUCGAUGAGAAGACAGUGGCGCUUGACAUGCUCCGGAAUGAGGCAGAAAGACUUCGCGAGGAGGCAGACAACCGCGAGCGCGAGCUUCAACAACUACGUGCGCAAGACAAUGAAGGCGCUGCAGAGCGCAUCGUUCAACUCGAGGCCGAGCGAGAUGACCUCCAUGCCACCCUUGAUGCAAAGGACAAGGAGAUCGGCCAGCUGAGUGACGAACUUUCCCGAACAACGGCCAGUGUCGAGGCCGCCAGAACGCGGAUUCAAGCCCUGGAGGACGAGGCAGCCGCAAGGGCAGAGCAAGCAGAAGAAAGCGCCGCCAAGACGGCACGGCUGCGCAACCGCGUCGACGAGCUGGAGAGUGCCCUUCAAUCGCUGGGCCGCAAGGCCGAAGCGCGAGCAGAGGAGGUCCGGGACCGCGAGCGCCAGCUUACUGCCAUGGACCUCAAAAGAAGCGCUACAGACGGCGCGCUCGAGGACGCCCAGAACAGGAUCCGUCGCCUCGAAGACGAAAGCGCCGCCCUUACAGACAAGCUCGAGGCCCGCGAGAAGGCGCUUGCAGAGGCGAUCGACGGGAUUGCCGACCACGGCGACGCCGCGCAGCAGCUUCAGCAGGAGCUUGCAGCCCUCCGCCGCGACGCAGCCGAGAACGCAGCGGCGCUCCGUGAAGCGCGCGAGCAGGCCGCCGCCCACCAGGAAGACGCCCAGCUCAAGGCGGCCCAGCUCGAGGAUCUCUCCGAGGAGCUGGCGCGCCUCCGCGAGCAGGCGGCCGAAGAUGCCGUGCGUGCUCGCGACGCAGAGGCGCUUGCAGAGCGCGCUGCAGAGCUGGAGGCUCAGGCCAAGGCCGCCGAAGAAAGGCUUGCCGACGCCCGCGCCAAAAUCGCCGAGCUCGAGGCACACGCAGCAGCAGGCACAGAGGCCCUCGCCGAUGCCGCCGAGAAGUUCCGCGCCAAGGCACAGCAGGCGCAGGGCGGCGACGAGGCCAUCCGCCGCCUUGAGGCCGACGUGCGUGCUGCAGAGGCCGAGCGCGAUGAGGCCCGUGCGGCCCUCGAUAAGGCCCUCGACGAGGCCGCAGCUCUGGAGGCCGAGCACAAGAAUCUGGAGGCCGAGCGAGAUGCCCUCGCGGCUCAGCUGGCGGAGGCCCAGGACGCCCUGCAGACCGCCCGCGCCCAGCUCGCCGCCGCUGAGGACAGGGUCUCUGCCCUGACCGAAAACCUCGGAGCCAUGAACGACGCCAAGGCCCAGAUCCGCGAGAUGCAGGAUACCAUCCCAGAUCUUCGACAAGCGAUUCGCCAGCACCAAGAGGAGAUCAUCCAACUCCAGCAGACGCUUGUCGCGUCCCAGAUGGAAUUUGCCAGACGAACCCAUGAGGCACAAGCCAAUGAAAUUCAGAUGGCGGAGCUAUUGGAUAACUUAAAUGCACAAAUGGAUGAAAUUGCCACUAUGAAACUAGAGGCAGAGGAAUCUCAAGAUCUUGUUGAUCGCGUGGCUCAACUCGAGCGCGACAAAAAGGAACUUUUGACAGAGGUAGCAGACCUGAAAAAAUUAAAUAAGGCAUCAGAGGAAAGAGCGAACGAUUCCAAAGAACGUACUCAACGGUUGGAAGAUUUUGUUAGUGAGCUUAAAUCACAGAUGUCAGAUACUCAAAUUUAUACUAUUGAAGCAAGCGCUCUUAGGAAGGAGCUGGAGCAAAAGCAGGGCGAGCUCGAUGAGAAGACAGUGGCGCUUGACAUGCUCCGGAAUGAGGCAGAAAGACUUCGCGAGGAGGCAGACAACCGCGAGCGCGAGCUUCAACAACUACGUGCGCAAGACAAUGAAGGCGCUGCAGAGCGCAUCGUUCAACUCGAGGCCGAGCGAGAUGACCUCCAUGCCACCCUUGAUGCAAAGGACAAGGAGAUCGGCCAGCUGAGUGACGAACUUUCCCGAACAACGGCCAGUGUCGAGGCCGCCAGAACGCGGAUUCAAGCCCUGGAGGACGAGGCAGCCGCAAGGGCAGAGCAAGCAGAAGAAAGCGCCGCCAAGACGGCACGGCUGCGCAACCGCGUCGACGAGCUGGAGAGUGCCCUUCAAUCGCUGGGCCGCAAGGCCGAAGCGCGAGCAGAGGAGGUCCGGGACCGCGAGCGCCAGCUUACUGCCAUGGACCUCAAAAGAAGCGCUACAGACGGCGCGCUCGAGGACGCCCAGAACAGGAUCCGUCGCCUCGAAGACGAAAGCGCCGCCCUUACAGACAAGCUCGAGGCCCGCGAGAAGGCGCUUGCAGAGGCGAUCGACGGGAUUGCCGACCACGGCGACGCCGCGCAGCAGCUUCAGCAGGAGCUUGCAGCCCUCCGCCGCGACGCAGCCGAGAACGCAGCGGCGCUCCGUGAAGCGCGCGAGCAGGCCGCCGCCCACCAGGAAGACGCCCAGCUCAAGGCGGCCCAGCUCGAGGAUCUCUCCGAGGAGCUGGCGCGCCUCCGCGAGCAGGCGGCCGAAGAUGCCGUGCGUGCUCGCGACGCAGAGGCGCUUGCAGAGCGCGCUGCAGAGCUGGAGGCUCAGGCCAAGGCCGCCGAAGAAAGGCUUGCCGACGCCCGCGCCAAAAUCGCCGAGCUCGAGGCACACGCAGCAGCAGGCACAGAGGCCCUCGCCGAUGCCGCCGAGAAGUUCCGCGCCAAGGCACAGCAGGCGCAGGGCGGCGACGAGGCCAUCCGCCGCCUUGAGGCCGACGUGCGUGCUGCAGAGGCCGAGCGCGAUGAGGCCCGUGCGGCCCUCGAUAAGGCCCUCGACGAGGCCGCAGCUCUGGAGGCCGAGCACAAGAAUCUGGAGGCCGAGCGAGAUGCCCUCGCGGCUCAGCUGGCGGAGGCCCAGGACGCCCUGCAGACCGCCCGCGCCCAGCUCGCCGCCGCUGAGGACAGGGUCUCUGCCCUGACCGAAAACCUCGGAGCCAUGAACGACGCCAAGGCCCAGAUCCGCGAGAUGCAGGAUACCAUCCCAGAUCUUCGACAAGCGAUUCGCCAGCACCAAGAGGAGAUCAUCCAACUCCAGCAGACGCUUGUCGCGUCCCAGAUGGAAUUUGCCAGACGAACCCAUGAGGCACAAGCCAAUGAAAUUCAGAUGGCGGAGCUAUUGGAUAACUUAAAUGCACAAAUGGAUGAAAUUGCCACUAUGAAACUAGAGGCAGAGGAAUCUCAAGAUCUUGUUGAUCGCGUGGCUCAACUCGAGCGCGACAAAAAGGAACUUUUGACAGAGGUAGCAGACCUGAAAAAAUUAAAUAAGGCAUCAGAGGAAAGAGCGAACGAUUCCAAAGAACGUACUCAACGGUUGGAAGAUUUUGUUAGUGAGCUUAAAUCACAGAUGUCAGAUACUCAAAUUUAUACUAUUGAAGCAAGCGCUCUUAGGAAGGAGCUGGAGCAAAAGCAGGGCGAGCUCGAUGAGAAGACAGUGGCGCUUGACAUGCUCCGGAAUGAGGCAGAAAGACUUCGCGAGGAGGCAGACAACCGCGAGCGCGAGCUUCAACAACUACGUGCGCAAGACAAUGAAGGCGCUGCAGAGCGCAUCGUUCAACUCGAGGCCGAGCGAGAUGACCUCCAUGCCACCCUUGAUGCAAAGGACAAGGAGAUCGGCCAGCUGAGUGACGAACUUUCCCGAACAACGGCCAGUGUCGAGGCCGCCAGAACGCGGAUUCAAGCCCUGGAGGACGAGGCAGCCGCAAGGGCAGAGCAAGCAGAAGAAAGCGCCGCCAAGACGGCACGGCUGCGCAACCGCGUCGACGAGCUGGAGAGUGCCCUUCAAUCGCUGGGCCGCAAGGCCGAAGCGCGAGCAGAGGAGGUCCGGGACCGCGAGCGCCAGCUUACUGCCAUGGACCUCAAAAGAAGCGCUACAGACGGCGCGCUCGAGGACGCCCAGAACAGGAUCCGUCGCCUCGAAGACGAAAGCGCCGCCCUUACAGACAAGCUCGAGGCCCGCGAGAAGGCGCUUGCAGAGGCGAUCGACGGGAUUGCCGACCACGGCGACGCCGCGCAGCAGCUUCAGCAGGAGCUUGCAGCCCUCCGCCGCGACGCAGCCGAGAACGCAGCGGCGCUCCGUGAAGCGCGCGAGCAGGCCGCCGCCCACCAGGAAGACGCCCAGCUCAAGGCGGCCCAGCUCGAGGAUCUCUCCGAGGAGCUGGCGCGCCUCCGCGAGCAGGCGGCCGAAGAUGCCGUGCGUGCUCGCGACGCAGAGGCGCUUGCAGAGCGCGCUGCAGAGCUGGAGGCUCAGGCCAAGGCCGCCGAAGAAAGGCUUGCCGACGCCCGCGCCAAAAUCGCCGAGCUCGAGGCACACGCAGCAGCAGGCACAGAGGCCCUCGCCGAUGCCGCCGAGAAGUUCCGCGCCAAGGCACAGCAGGCGCAGGGCGGCGACGAGGCCAUCCGCCGCCUUGAGGCCGACGUGCGUGCUGCAGAGGCCGAGCGCGAUGAGGCCCGUGCGGCCCUCGAUAAGGCCCUCGACGAGGCCGCAGCUCUGGAGGCCGAGCACAAGAAUCUGGAGGCCGAGCGAGAUGCCCUCGCGGCUCAGCUGGCGGAGGCCCAGGACGCCCUGCAGACCGCCCGCGCCCAGCUCGCCGCCGCUGAGGACAGGGUCUCUGCCCUGACCGAAAACCUCGGAGCCAUGAACGACGCCAAGGCCCAGGUCCACUAUUUAGAAGAAGCAGCCAGAGAUAAAGACACUUUAGCACAGCGUCAGGCAGACGAAAUCGCUGAGCUUCGUCGCGAGCUCCAGGAAGCACACGACAAGAUUGAUGCACUUUCUCAUCUCGAGCAGCAGGCUUCCGAUUCGAAGGAGCGCACCCAAAUGCUCGAAGAUUAUUUGUCAGAGCUCAAGAGCAAGCAGAUAGAUGCAGGGAUGCAGGAAAUGGAGCUUGGAACUCUUAGGAAGGAGCUGGAGCAAAAGCAGGGCGAGCUCGAUGAGAAGACAGUGGCGCUUGACAUGCUCCGGAAUGAGGCAGAAAGACUUCGCGAGGAGGCAGACAACCGCGAGCGCGAGCUUCAACAACUACGUGCGCAAGACAAUGAAGGCGCUGCAGAGCGCAUCGUUCAACUCGAGGCCGAGCGAGAUGACCUCCAUGCCACCCUUGAUGCAAAGGACAAGGAGAUCGGCCAGCUGAGUGACGAACUUUCCCGAACAACGGCCAGUGUCGAGGCCGCCAGAACGCGGAUUCAAGCCCUGGAGGACGAGGCAGCCGCAAGGGCAGAGCAAGCAGAAGAAAGCGCCGCCAAGACGGCACGGCUGCGCAACCGCGUCGACGAGCUGGAGAGUGCCCUUCAAUCGCUGGGCCGCAAGGCCGAAGCGCGAGCAGAGGAGGUCCGGGACCGCGAGCGCCAGCUUACUGCCAUGGACCUCAAAAGAAGCGCUACAGACGGCGCGCUCGAGGACGCCCAGAACAGGAUCCGUCGCCUCGAAGACGAAAGCGCCGCCCUUACAGACAAGCUCGAGGCCCGCGAGAAGGCGCUUGCAGAGGCGAUCGACGGGAUUGCCGACCACGGCGACGCCGCGCAGCAGCUUCAGCAGGAGCUUGCAGCCCUCCGCCGCGACGCAGCCGAGAACGCAGCGGCGCUCCGUGAAGCGCGCGAGCAGGCCGCCGCCCACCAGGAAGACGCCCAGCUCAAGGCGGCCCAGCUCGAGGAUCUCUCCGAGGAGCUGGCGCGCCUCCGCGAGCAGGCGGCCGAAGAUGCCGUGCGUGCUCGCGACGCAGAGGCGCUUGCAGAGCGCGCUGCAGAGCUGGAGGCUCAGGCCAAGGCCGCCGAAGAAAGGCUUGCCGACGCCCGCGCCAAAAUCGCCGAGCUCGAGGCACACGCAGCAGCAGGCACAGAGGCCCUCGCCGAUGCCGCCGAGAAGUUCCGCGCCAAGGCACAGCAGGCGCAGGGCGGCGACGAGGCCAUCCGCCGCCUUGAGGCCGACGUGCGUGCUGCAGAGGCCGAGCGCGAUGAGGCCCGUGCGGCCCUCGAUAAGGCCCUCGACGAGGCCGCAGCUCUGGAGGCCGAGCACAAGAAUCUGGAGGCCGAGCGAGAUGCCCUCGCGGCUCAGCUGGCGGAGGCCCAGGACGCCCUGCAGACCGCCCGCGCCCAGCUCGCCGCCGCUGAGGACAGGGUCUCUGCCCUGACCGAAAACCUCGGAGCCAUGAACGACGCCAAGGCCCAGAUCCGCGAGAUGCAGGAUACCAUCCCAGAUCUUCGACAAGCGAUUCGCCAGCACCAAGAGGAGAUCAUCCAACUCCAGCAGACGCUUGUCGCGUCCCAGAUGGAAUUUGCCAGACGAACCCAUGAGGCACAAGCCAAUGAAAUUCAGAUGGCGGAGCUAUUGGAUAACUUAAAUGCACAAAUGGAUGAAAUUGCCACUAUGAAACUAGAGGCAGAGGAAUCUCAAGAUCUUGUUGAUCGCGUGGCUCAACUCGAGCGCGACAAAAAGGAACUUUUGACAGAGGUAGCAGACCUGAAAAAAUUAAAUAAGGCAUCAGAGGAAAGAGCGAACGAUUCCAAAGAACGUACUCAACGGUUGGAAGAUUUUGUUAGUGAGCUUAAAUCACAGAUGUCAGAUACUCAAAUUUAUACUAUUGAAGCAAGCGCUCUUAGGAAGGAGCUGGAGCAAAAGCAGGGCGAGCUCGAUGAGAAGACAGUGGCGCUUGACAUGCUCCGGAAUGAGGCAGAAAGACUUCGCGAGGAGGCAGACAACCGCGAGCGCGAGCUUCAACAACUACGUGCGCAAGACAAUGAAGGCGCUGCAGAGCGCAUCGUUCAACUCGAGGCCGAGCGAGAUGACCUCCAUGCCACCCUUGAUGCAAAGGACAAGGAGAUCGGCCAGCUGAGUGACGAACUUUCCCGAACAACGGCCAGUGUCGAGGCCGCCAGAACGCGGAUUCAAGCCCUGGAGGACGAGGCAGCCGCAAGGGCAGAGCAAGCAGAAGAAAGCGCCGCCAAGACGGCACGGCUGCGCAACCGCGUCGACGAGCUGGAGAGUGCCCUUCAAUCGCUGGGCCGCAAGGCCGAAGCGCGAGCAGAGGAGGUCCGGGACCGCGAGCGCCAGCUUACUGCCAUGGACCUCAAAAGAAGCGCUACAGACGGCGCGCUCGAGGACGCCCAGAACAGGAUCCGUCGCCUCGAAGACGAAAGCGCCGCCCUUACAGACAAGCUCGAGGCCCGCGAGAAGGCGCUUGCAGAGGCGAUCGACGGGAUUGCCGACCACGGCGACGCCGCGCAGCAGCUUCAGCAGGAGCUUGCAGCCCUCCGCCGCGACGCAGCCGAGAACGCAGCGGCGCUCCGUGAAGCGCGCGAGCAGGCCGCCGCCCACCAGGAAGACGCCCAGCUCAAGGCGGCCCAGCUCGAGGAUCUCUCCGAGGAGCUGGCGCGCCUCCGCGAGCAGGCGGCCGAAGAUGCCGUGCGUGCUCGCGACGCAGAGGCGCUUGCAGAGCGCGCUGCAGAGCUGGAGGCUCAGGCCAAGGCCGCCGAAGAAAGGCUUGCCGACGCCCGCGCCAAAAUCGCCGAGCUCGAGGCACACGCAGCAGCAGGCACAGAGGCCCUCGCCGAUGCCGCCGAGAAGUUCCGCGCCAAGGCACAGCAGGCGCAGGGCGGCGACGAGGCCAUCCGCCGCCUUGAGGCCGACGUGCGUGCUGCAGAGGCCGAGCGCGAUGAGGCCCGUGCGGCCCUCGAUAAGGCCCUCGACGAGGCCGCAGCUCUGGAGGCCGAGCACAAGAAUCUGGAGGCCGAGCGAGAUGCCCUCGCGGCUCAGCUGGCGGAGGCCCAGGACGCCCUGCAGACCGCCCGCGCCCAGCUCGCCGCCGCUGAGGACAGGGUCUCUGCCCUGACCGAAAACCUCGGAGCCAUGAACGACGCCAAGGCCCAGAUCCGCGAGAUGCAGGAUACCAUCCCAGAUCUUCGACAAGCGAUUCGCCAGCACCAAGAGGAGAUCAUCCAACUCCAGCAGACGCUUGUCGCGUCCCAGAUGGAAUUUGCCAGACGAACCCAUGAGGCACAAGCCAAUGAAAUUCAGAUGGCGGAGCUAUUGGAUAACUUAAAUGCACAAAUGGAUGAAAUUGCCACUAUGAAACUAGAGGCAGAGGAAUCUCAAGAUCUUGUUGAUCGCGUGGCUCAACUCGAGCGCGACAAAAAGGAACUUUUGACAGAGGUAGCAGACCUGAAAAAAUUAAAUAAGGCAUCAGAGGAAAGAGCGAACGAUUCCAAAGAACGUACUCAACGGUUGGAAGAUUUUGUUAGUGAGCUUAAAUCACAGAUGUCAGAUACUCAAAUUUAUACUAUUGAAGCAAGCGCUCUUAGGAAGGAGCUGGAGCAAAAGCAGGGCGAGCUCGAUGAGAAGACAGUGGCGCUUGACAUGCUCCGGAAUGAGGCAGAAAGACUUCGCGAGGAGGCAGACAACCGCGAGCGCGAGCUUCAACAACUACGUGCGCAAGACAAUGAAGGCGCUGCAGAGCGCAUCGUUCAACUCGAGGCCGAGCGAGAUGACCUCCAUGCCACCCUUGAUGCAAAGGACAAGGAGAUCGGCCAGCUGAGUGACGAACUUUCCCGAACAACGGCCAGUGUCGAGGCCGCCAGAACGCGGAUUCAAGCCCUGGAGGACGAGGCAGCCGCAAGGGCAGAGCAAGCAGAAGAAAGCGCCGCCAAGACGGCACGGCUGCGCAACCGCGUCGACGAGCUGGAGAGUGCCCUUCAAUCGCUGGGCCGCAAGGCCGAAGCGCGAGCAGAGGAGGUCCGGGACCGCGAGCGCCAGCUUACUGCCAUGGACCUCAAAAGAAGCGCUACAGACGGCGCGCUCGAGGACGCCCAGAACAGGAUCCGUCGCCUCGAAGACGAAAGCGCCGCCCUUACAGACAAGCUCGAGGCCCGCGAGAAGGCGCUUGCAGAGGCGAUCGACGGGAUUGCCGACCACGGCGACGCCGCGCAGCAGCUUCAGCAGGAGCUUGCAGCCCUCCGCCGCGACGCAGCCGAGAACGCAGCGGCGCUCCGUGAAGCGCGCGAGCAGGCCGCCGCCCACCAGGAAGACGCCCAGCUCAAGGCGGCCCAGCUCGAGGAUCUCUCCGAGGAGCUGGCGCGCCUCCGCGAGCAGGCGGCCGAAGAUGCCGUGCGUGCUCGCGACGCAGAGGCGCUUGCAGAGCGCGCUGCAGAGCUGGAGGCUCAGGCCAAGGCCGCCGAAGAAAGGCUUGCCGACGCCCGCGCCAAAAUCGCCGAGCUCGAGGCACACGCAGCAGCAGGCACAGAGGCCCUCGCCGAUGCCGCCGAGAAGUUCCGCGCCAAGGCACAGCAGGCGCAGGGCGGCGACGAGGCCAUCCGCCGCCUUGAGGCCGACGUGCGUGCUGCAGAGGCCGAGCGCGAUGAGGCCCGUGCGGCCCUCGAUAAGGCCCUCGACGAGGCCGCAGCUCUGGAGGCCGAGCACAAGAAUCUGGAGGCCGAGCGAGAUGCCCUCGCGGCUCAGCUGGCGGAGGCCCAGGACGCCCUGCAGACCGCCCGCGCCCAGCUCGCCGCCGCUGAGGACAGGGUCUCUGCCCUGACCGAAAACCUCGGAGCCAUGAACGACGCCAAGGCCCAGAUCCGCGAGAUGCAGGAUACCAUCCCAGAUCUUCGACAAGCGAUUCGCCAGCACCAAGAGGAGAUCAUCCAACUCCAGCAGACGCUUGUCGCGUCCCAGAUGGAAUUUGCCAGACGAACCCAUGAGGCACAAGCCAAUGAAAUUCAGAUGGCGGAGCUAUUGGAUAACUUAAAUGCACAAAUGGAUGAAAUUGCCACUAUGAAACUAGAGGCAGAGGAAUCUCAAGAUCUUGUUGAUCGCGUGGCUCAACUCGAGCGCGACAAAAAGGAACUUUUGACAGAGGUAGCAGACCUGAAAAAAUUAAAUAAGGCAUCAGAGGAAAGAGCGAACGAUUCCAAAGAACGUACUCAACGGUUGGAAGAUUUUGUUAGUGAGCUUAAAUCACAGAUGUCAGAUACUCAAAUUUAUACUAUUGAAGCAAGCGCUCUUAGGAAGGAGCUGGAGCAAAAGCAGGGCGAGCUCGAUGAGAAGACAGUGGCGCUUGACAUGCUCCGGAAUGAGGCAGAAAGACUUCGCGAGGAGGCAGACAACCGCGAGCGCGAGCUUCAACAACUACGUGCGCAAGACAAUGAAGGCGCUGCAGAGCGCAUCGUUCAACUCGAGGCCGAGCGAGAUGACCUCCAUGCCACCCUUGAUGCAAAGGACAAGGAGAUCGGCCAGCUGAGUGACGAACUUUCCCGAACAACGGCCAGUGUCGAGGCCGCCAGAACGCGGAUUCAAGCCCUGGAGGACGAGGCAGCCGCAAGGGCAGAGCAAGCAGAAGAAAGCGCCGCCAAGACGGCACGGCUGCGCAACCGCGUCGACGAGCUGGAGAGUGCCCUUCAAUCGCUGGGCCGCAAGGCCGAAGCGCGAGCAGAGGAGGUCCGGGACCGCGAGCGCCAGCUUACUGCCAUGGACCUCAAAAGAAGCGCUACAGACGGCGCGCUCGAGGACGCCCAGAACAGGAUCCGUCGCCUCGAAGACGAAAGCGCCGCCCUUACAGACAAGCUCGAGGCCCGCGAGAAGGCGCUUGCAGAGGCGAUCGACGGGAUUGCCGACCACGGCGACGCCGCGCAGCAGCUUCAGCAGGAGCUUGCAGCCCUCCGCCGCGACGCAGCCGAGAACGCAGCGGCGCUCCGUGAAGCGCGCGAGCAGGCCGCCGCCCACCAGGAAGACGCCCAGCUCAAGGCGGCCCAGCUCGAGGAUCUCUCCGAGGAGCUGGCGCGCCUCCGCGAGCAGGCGGCCGAAGAUGCCGUGCGUGCUCGCGACGCAGAGGCGCUUGCAGAGCGCGCUGCAGAGCUGGAGGCUCAGGCCAAGGCCGCCGAAGAAAGGCUUGCCGACGCCCGCGCCAAAAUCGCCGAGCUCGAGGCACACGCAGCAGCAGGCACAGAGGCCCUCGCCGAUGCCGCCGAGAAGUUCCGCGCCAAGGCACAGCAGGCGCAGGGCGGCGACGAGGCCAUCCGCCGCCUUGAGGCCGACGUGCGUGCUGCAGAGGCCGAGCGCGAUGAGGCCCGUGCGGCCCUCGAUAAGGCCCUCGACGAGGCCGCAGCUCUGGAGGCCGAGCACAAGAAUCUGGAGGCCGAGCGAGAUGCCCUCGCGGCUCAGCUGGCGGAGGCCCAGGACGCCCUGCAGACCGCCCGCGCCCAGCUCGCCGCCGCUGAGGACAGGGUCUCUGCCCUGACCGAAAACCUCGGAGCCAUGAACGACGCCAAGGCCCAGAUCCGCGAGAUGCAGGAUACCAUCCCAGAUCUUCGACAAGCGAUUCGCCAGCACCAAGAGGAGAUCAUCCAACUCCAGCAGACGCUUGUCGCGUCCCAGAUGGAAUUUGCCAGACGAACCCAUGAGGCACAAGCCAAUGAAAUUCAGAUGGCGGAGCUAUUGGAUAACUUAAAUGCACAAAUGGAUGAAAUUGCCACUAUGAAACUAGAGGCAGAGGAAUCUCAAGAUCUUGUUGAUCGCGUGGCUCAACUCGAGCGCGACAAAAAGGAACUUUUGACAGAGGUAGCAGACCUGAAAAAAUUAAAUAAGGCAUCAGAGGAAAGAGCGAACGAUUCCAAAGAACGUACUCAACGGUUGGAAGAUUUUGUUAGUGAGCUUAAAUCACAGAUGUCAGAUACUCAAAUUUAUACUAUUGAAGCAAGCGCUCUUAGGAAGGAGCUGGAGCAAAAGCAGGGCGAGCUCGAUGAGAAGACAGUGGCGCUUGACAUGCUCCGGAAUGAGGCAGAAAGACUUCGCGAGGAGGCAGACAACCGCGAGCGCGAGCUUCAACAACUACGUGCGCAAGACAAUGAAGGCGCUGCAGAGCGCAUCGUUCAACUCGAGGCCGAGCGAGAUGACCUCCAUGCCACCCUUGAUGCAAAGGACAAGGAGAUCGGCCAGCUGAGUGACGAACUUUCCCGAACAACGGCCAGUGUCGAGGCCGCCAGAACGCGGAUUCAAGCCCUGGAGGACGAGGCAGCCGCAAGGGCAGAGCAAGCAGAAGAAAGCGCCGCCAAGACGGCACGGCUGCGCAACCGCGUCGACGAGCUGGAGAGUGCCCUUCAAUCGCUGGGCCGCAAGGCCGAAGCGCGAGCAGAGGAGGUCCGGGACCGCGAGCGCCAGCUUACUGCCAUGGACCUCAAAAGAAGCGCUACAGACGGCGCGCUCGAGGACGCCCAGAACAGGAUCCGUCGCCUCGAAGACGAAAGCGCCGCCCUUACAGACAAGCUCGAGGCCCGCGAGAAGGCGCUUGCAGAGGCGAUCGACGGGAUUGCCGACCACGGCGACGCCGCGCAGCAGCUUCAGCAGGAGCUUGCAGCCCUCCGCCGCGACGCAGCCGAGAACGCAGCGGCGCUCCGUGAAGCGCGCGAGCAGGCCGCCGCCCACCAGGAAGACGCCCAGCUCAAGGCGGCCCAGCUCGAGGAUCUCUCCGAGGAGCUGGCGCGCCUCCGCGAGCAGGCGGCCGAAGAUGCCGUGCGUGCUCGCGACGCAGAGGCGCUUGCAGAGCGCGCUGCAGAGCUGGAGGCUCAGGCCAAGGCCGCCGAAGAAAGGCUUGCCGACGCCCGCGCCAAAAUCGCCGAGCUCGAGGCACACGCAGCAGCAGGCACAGAGGCCCUCGCCGAUGCCGCCGAGAAGUUCCGCGCCAAGGCACAGCAGGCGCAGGGCGGCGACGAGGCCAUCCGCCGCCUUGAGGCCGACGUGCGUGCUGCAGAGGCCGAGCGCGAUGAGGCCCGUGCGGCCCUCGAUAAGGCCCUCGACGAGGCCGCAGCUCUGGAGGCCGAGCACAAGAAUCUGGAGGCCGAGCGAGAUGCCCUCGCGGCUCAGCUGGCGGAGGCCCAGGACGCCCUGCAGACCGCCCGCGCCCAGCUCGCCGCCGCUGAGGACAGGGUCUCUGCCCUGACCGAAAACCUCGGAGCCAUGAACGACGCCAAGGCCCAGGUCCACUAUUUAGAAGAAGCAGCCAGAGAUAAAGACACUUUAGCACAGCGUCAGGCAGACGAAAUCGCUGAGCUUCGUCGCGAGCUCCAGGAAGCACACGACAAGAUUGAUGCACUUUCUCAUCUCGAGCAGCAGGCUUCCGAUUCGAAGGAGCGCACCCAAAUGCUCGAAGAUUAUUUGUCAGAGCUCAAGAGCAAGCAGAUAGAUGCAGGGAUGCAGGAAAUGGAGCUUGGAACUCUUAGGAAGGAGCUGGAGCAAAAGCAGGGCGAGCUCGAUGAGAAGACAGUGGCGCUUGACAUGCUCCGGAAUGAGGCAGAAAGACUUCGCGAGGAGGCAGACAACCGCGAGCGCGAGCUUCAACAACUACGUGCGCAAGACAAUGAAGGCGCUGCAGAGCGCAUCGUUCAACUCGAGGCCGAGCGAGAUGACCUCCAUGCCACCCUUGAUGCAAAGGACAAGGAGAUCGGCCAGCUGAGUGACGAACUUUCCCGAACAACGGCCAGUGUCGAGGCCGCCAGAACGCGGAUUCAAGCCCUGGAGGACGAGGCAGCCGCAAGGGCAGAGCAAGCAGAAGAAAGCGCCGCCAAGACGGCACGGCUGCGCAACCGCGUCGACGAGCUGGAGAGUGCCCUUCAAUCGCUGGGCCGCAAGGCCGAAGCGCGAGCAGAGGAGGUCCGGGACCGCGAGCGCCAGCUUACUGCCAUGGACCUCAAAAGAAGCGCUACAGACGGCGCGCUCGAGGACGCCCAGAACAGGAUCCGUCGCCUCGAAGACGAAAGCGCCGCCCUUACAGACAAGCUCGAGGCCCGCGAGAAGGCGCUUGCAGAGGCGAUCGACGGGAUUGCCGACCACGGCGACGCCGCGCAGCAGCUUCAGCAGGAGCUUGCAGCCCUCCGCCGCGACGCAGCCGAGAACGCAGCGGCGCUCCGUGAAGCGCGCGAGCAGGCCGCCGCCCACCAGGAAGACGCCCAGCUCAAGGCGGCCCAGCUCGAGGAUCUCUCCGAGGAGCUGGCGCGCCUCCGCGAGCAGGCGGCCGAAGAUGCCGUGCGUGCUCGCGACGCAGAGGCGCUUGCAGAGCGCGCUGCAGAGCUGGAGGCUCAGGCCAAGGCCGCCGAAGAAAGGCUUGCCGACGCCCGCGCCAAAAUCGCCGAGCUCGAGGCACACGCAGCAGCAGGCACAGAGGCCCUCGCCGAUGCCGCCGAGAAGUUCCGCGCCAAGGCACAGCAGGCGCAGGGCGGCGACGAGGCCAUCCGCCGCCUUGAGGCCGACGUGCGUGCUGCAGAGGCCGAGCGCGAUGAGGCCCGUGCGGCCCUCGAUAAGGCCCUCGACGAGGCCGCAGCUCUGGAGGCCGAGCACAAGAAUCUGGAGGCCGAGCGAGAUGCCCUCGCGGCUCAGCUGGCGGAGGCCCAGGACGCCCUGCAGACCGCCCGCGCCCAGCUCGCCGCCGCUGAGGACAGGGUCUCUGCCCUGACCGAAAACCUCGGAGCCAUGAACGACGCCAAGGCCCAGGUCCACUAUUUAGAAGAAGCAGCCAGAGAUAAAGACACUUUAGCACAGCGUCAGGCAGACGAAAUCGCUGAGCUUCGUCGCGAGCUCCAGGAAGCACACGACAAGAUUGAUGCACUUUCUCAUCUCGAGCAGCAGGCUUCCGAUUCGAAGGAGCGCACCCAAAUGCUCGAAGAUUAUUUGUCAGAGCUCAAGAGCAAGCAGAUAGAUGCAGGGAUGCAGGAAAUGGAGCUUGGAACUCUUAGGAAGGAGCUGGAGCAAAAGCAGGGCGAGCUCGAUGAGAAGACAGUGGCGCUUGACAUGCUCCGGAAUGAGGCAGAAAGACUUCGCGAGGAGGCAGACAACCGCGAGCGCGAGCUUCAACAACUACGUGCGCAAGACAAUGAAGGCGCUGCAGAGCGCAUCGUUCAACUCGAGGCCGAGCGAGAUGACCUCCAUGCCACCCUUGAUGCAAAGGACAAGGAGAUCGGCCAGCUGAGUGACGAACUUUCCCGAACAACGGCCAGUGUCGAGGCCGCCAGAACGCGGAUUCAAGCCCUGGAGGACGAGGCAGCCGCAAGGGCAGAGCAAGCAGAAGAAAGCGCCGCCAAGACGGCACGGCUGCGCAACCGCGUCGACGAGCUGGAGAGUGCCCUUCAAUCGCUGGGCCGCAAGGCCGAAGCGCGAGCAGAGGAGGUCCGGGACCGCGAGCGCCAGCUUACUGCCAUGGACCUCAAAAGAAGCGCUACAGACGGCGCGCUCGAGGACGCCCAGAACAGGAUCCGUCGCCUCGAAGACGAAAGCGCCGCCCUUACAGACAAGCUCGAGGCCCGCGAGAAGGCGCUUGCAGAGGCGAUCGACGGGAUUGCCGACCACGGCGACGCCGCGCAGCAGCUUCAGCAGGAGCUUGCAGCCCUCCGCCGCGACGCAGCCGAGAACGCAGCGGCGCUCCGUGAAGCGCGCGAGCAGGCCGCCGCCCACCAGGAAGACGCCCAGCUCAAGGCGGCCCAGCUCGAGGAUCUCUCCGAGGAGCUGGCGCGCCUCCGCGAGCAGGCGGCCGAAGAUGCCGUGCGUGCUCGCGACGCAGAGGCGCUUGCAGAGCGCGCUGCAGAGCUGGAGGCUCAGGCCAAGGCCGCCGAAGAAAGGCUUGCCGACGCCCGCGCCAAAAUCGCCGAGCUCGAGGCACACGCAGCAGCAGGCACAGAGGCCCUCGCCGAUGCCGCCGAGAAGUUCCGCGCCAAGGCACAGCAGGCGCAGGGCGGCGACGAGGCCAUCCGCCGCCUUGAGGCCGACGUGCGUGCUGCAGAGGCCGAGCGCGAUGAGGCCCGUGCGGCCCUCGAUAAGGCCCUCGACGAGGCCGCAGCUCUGGAGGCCGAGCACAAGAAUCUGGAGGCCGAGCGAGAUGCCCUCGCGGCUCAGCUGGCGGAGGCCCAGGACGCCCUGCAGACCGCCCGCGCCCAGCUCGCCGCCGCUGAGGACAGGGUCUCUGCCCUGACCGAAAACCUCGGAGCCAUGAACGACGCCAAGGCCCAGGUCCACUAUUUAGAAGAAGCAGCCAGAGAUAAAGACACUUUAGCACAGCGUCAGGCAGACGAAAUCGCUGAGCUUCGUCGCGAGCUCCAGGAAGCACACGACAAGAUUGAUGCACUUUCUCAUCUCGAGCAGCAGGCUUCCGAUUCGAAGGAGCGCACCCAAAUGCUCGAAGAUUAUUUGUCAGAGCUCAAGAGCAAGCAGAUAGAUGCAGGGAUGCAGGAAAUGGAGCUUGGAACUCUUAGGAAGGAGCUGGAGCAAAAGCAGGGCGAGCUCGAUGAGAAGACAGUGGCGCUUGACAUGCUCCGGAAUGAGGCAGAAAGACUUCGCGAGGAGGCAGACAACCGCGAGCGCGAGCUUCAACAACUACGUGCGCAAGACAAUGAAGGCGCUGCAGAGCGCAUCGUUCAACUCGAGGCCGAGCGAGAUGACCUCCAUGCCACCCUUGAUGCAAAGGACAAGGAGAUCGGCCAGCUGAGUGACGAACUUUCCCGAACAACGGCCAGUGUCGAGGCCGCCAGAACGCGGAUUCAAGCCCUGGAGGACGAGGCAGCCGCAAGGGCAGAGCAAGCAGAAGAAAGCGCCGCCAAGACGGCACGGCUGCGCAACCGCGUCGACGAGCUGGAGAGUGCCCUUCAAUCGCUGGGCCGCAAGGCCGAAGCGCGAGCAGAGGAGGUCCGGGACCGCGAGCGCCAGCUUACUGCCAUGGACCUCAAAAGAAGCGCUACAGACGGCGCGCUCGAGGACGCCCAGAACAGGAUCCGUCGCCUCGAAGACGAAAGCGCCGCCCUUACAGACAAGCUCGAGGCCCGCGAGAAGGCGCUUGCAGAGGCGAUCGACGGGAUUGCCGACCACGGCGACGCCGCGCAGCAGCUUCAGCAGGAGCUUGCAGCCCUCCGCCGCGACGCAGCCGAGAACGCAGCGGCGCUCCGUGAAGCGCGCGAGCAGGCCGCCGCCCACCAGGAAGACGCCCAGCUCAAGGCGGCCCAGCUCGAGGAUCUCUCCGAGGAGCUGGCGCGCCUCCGCGAGCAGGCGGCCGAAGAUGCCGUGCGUGCUCGCGACGCAGAGGCGCUUGCAGAGCGCGCUGCAGAGCUGGAGGCUCAGGCCAAGGCCGCCGAAGAAAGGCUUGCCGACGCCCGCGCCAAAAUCGUCGAGCUCGAGGCACACGCAGCAGCAGGCACAGAGGCCCUCGCCGAUGCCGCCGAGAAGUUCCGCGCCAAGGCACAGCAGGCGCAGGGCGGCGACGAGGCCAUCCGCCGCCUUGAGGCCGACGUGCGUGCUGCAGAGGCCGAGCGCGAUGAGGCCCGUGCGGCCCUCGAUAAGGCCCUCGACGAGGCCGCAGCUCUGGAGGCCGAGCACAAGAAUCUGGAGGCCGAGCGAGAUGCCCUCGCGGCUCAGCUGGCGGAGGCCCAGGACGCCCUGCAGACCGCCCGCGCCCAGCUCGCCGCCGCUGAGGACAGGGUCUCUGCCCUGACCGAAAACCUCGGAGCCAUGAACGACGCCAAGGCCCAGGUCCACUAUUUAGAAGAAGCAGCCAGAGAUAAAGACACUUUAGCACAGCGUCAGGCAGACGAAAUCGCUGAGCUUCGUCGCGAGCUCCAGGAAGCACACGACAAGAUUGAUGCACUUUCUCAUCUCGAGCAGCAGGCUUCCGAUUCGAAGGAGCGCACCCAAAUGCUCGAAGAUUAUUUGUCAGAGCUCAAGAGCAAGCAGAUAGAUGCAGGGAUGCAGGAAAUGGAGCUUGGAACUCUUAGGAAGGAGCUGGAGCAAAAGCAGGGCGAGCUCGAUGAGAAGACAGUGGCGCUUGACAUGCUCCGGAAUGAGGCAGAAAGACUUCGCGAGGAGGCAGACAACCGCGAGCGCGAGCUUCAACAACUACGUGCGCAAGACAAUGAAGGCGCUGCAGAGCGCAUCGUUCAACUCGAGGCCGAGCGAGAUGACCUCCAUGCCACCCUUGAUGCAAAGGACAAGGAGAUCGGCCAGCUGAGUGACGAACUUUCCCGAACAACGGCCAGUGUCGAGGCCGCCAGAACGCGGAUUCAAGCCCUGGAGGACGAGGCAGCCGCAAGGGCAGAGCAAGCAGAAGAAAGCGCCGCCAAGACGGCACGGCUGCGCAACCGCGUCGACGAGCUGGAGAGUGCCCUUCAAUCGCUGGGCCGCAAGGCCGAAGCGCGAGCAGAGGAGGUCCGGGACCGCGAGCGCCAGCUUACUGCCAUGGACCUCAAAAGAAGCGCUACAGACGGCGCGCUCGAGGACGCCCAGAACAGGAUCCGUCGCCUCGAAGACGAAAGCGCCGCCCUUACAGACAAGCUCGAGGCCCGCGAGAAGGCGCUUGCAGAGGCGAUCGACGGGAUUGCCGACCACGGCGACGCCGCGCAGCAGCUUCAGCAGGAGCUUGCAGCCCUCCGCCGCGACGCAGCCGAGAACGCAGCGGCGCUCCGUGAAGCGCGCGAGCAGGCCGCCGCCCACCAGGAAGACGCCCAGCUCAAGGCGGCCCAGCUCGAGGAUCUCUCCGAGGAGCUGGCGCGCCUCCGCGAGCAGGCGGCCGAAGAUGCCGUGCGUGCUCGCGACGCAGAGGCGCUUGCAGAGCGCGCUGCAGAGCUGGAGGCUCAGGCCAAGGCCGCCGAAGAAAGGCUUGCCGACGCCCGCGCCAAAAUCGCCGAGCUCGAGGCACACGCAGCAGCAGGCACAGAGGCCCUCGCCGAUGCCGCCGAGAAGUUCCGCGCCAAGGCACAGCAGGCGCAGGGCGGCGACGAGGCCAUCCGCCGCCUUGAGGCCGACGUGCGUGCUGCAGAGGCCGAGCGCGAUGAGGCCCGUGCGGCCCUCGAUAAGGCCCUCGACGAGGCCGCAGCUCUGGAGGCCGAGCACAAGAAUCUGGAGGCCGAGCGAGAUGCCCUCGCGGCUCAGCUGGCGGAGGCCCAGGACGCCCUGCAGACCGCCCGCGCCCAGCUCGCCGCCGCUGAGGACAGGGUCUCUGCCCUGACCGAAAACCUCGGAGCCAUGAACGACGCCAAGGCCCAGAUCCGCGAGAUGCAGGAUACCAUCCCAGAUCUUCGACAAGCGAUUCGCCAGCACCAAGAGGAGAUCAUCCAACUCCAGCAGACGCUUGUCGCGUCACAAACAAAUACUGUUGUCCAUACUUUUGAAACAGGGAAGGAGUUUUUGAAUGGGCUUAUUAAGUCAAGUGCAAUACUUUCGUCUUUAGACUCAAAGAUUGACUCUGCGGCAUUAACUGAAGAGUUAGCCAUUUUGAAACAUGAGAUAGACAGGCUUCAAAGCCUUGCCCAUAAAGAUCUCAAGCUUCAUGAUGAAACAGUAUCGCAGUCUGUUGAUAAUCUUGUCCUUCUGCUUAAUUCUCGCAAUGCUGAAGUCGAACGGAAGAUCUCUGAAAUUUCUCGCCUCAAAGAAGAGAUUGCAAUAUUAGAAGAGCGCAUUCAAGCAAAGGAUAAUAAGAUACUGGAAUAUAAGGACGCGCUGAACGAGCGCUUUGACUGGACCUACAACAGUGAUCCCGGUGAGGAAACCCUCGCCCUACGCGACGAGGUACAAAAGCUUACCGAUGAUCUUCACUAUACAGAAGAUGAAUUGGCCCGCGUGAUAACUGCAGUCGGUCAACUUGAGCAUGCACUGACUAAGCUUAGAGAGGCUAACAUAGAGAAAAAUAGUGAGCUUGUUAGAUUGAGGAAUAUCCUUCAUGAAAAUAAUAUUAACUUCGCGUUAGAUGCAUCUAUUUCAGAUGCUCGCAUCAAUACAUCUUUGCAACAUUUGUCUGGAUUGAAAAAUGAUCUCUAUGCAAAGGCGAGAGAGGCAGAGCUUAGCCUUGAUGGAAAAGAUUCAUACUUGACAAGUCCAGAAGCUGUCAGUCUCAAAGCGGAGCUCUCCAUGCUCAAAAGAGAGCUUGCAGAAAAGGAUUGCAUUAUUGCAGAACUUCAAAAAGCACAAAAUGCUUGA